AGUUUCCUCCACCCCCUUGGAGGUUUGUGGAUUUCAAAAAAUCAGCCCCAUCAGGAAUUGCAAAAUAUUUGUGUUGGGAUCAUUUAAGGUUGUGCUUUUGUUUUGUUUUGCCUUUUUUUAAAGAUAUUUUUCAAGCACUGUGAUUCUGAAUUGCACUGGAUAUGCUUUUUGGAAGAUGGGCCAAGGUCUAUAAUUUUUUUCUUAAUCCUUAAAAAAAAGAAUUCCAGAAAAAAAAGAAGGGAUUUUUGAUUUCUUGCAUUCGAUCAAGAUUAUUUUGGGAAUAUUUUUAAUGUAAAUUCAAACAGGAAAGAUGGACAGCGCAGGGACAGACUGACAGCUAGAUAAAAUCUAUAUGGAGCUGACAAUUUUAUGGAUGUGUGUCCAUCUGACUGAGGCCUAUAUCACCUAAACGGAGGGUGCAAAACAUGUUUGAUUGCCCUAGGAAUGCCAUUUUUAGCCGAUGAAUUUAGACUGCAGUGUGAAUGUAUAGGCCUUGAAGUUAAAAAUUUUUAGAAAAAAAUAUAAACAUAUAUUUUUGUUACUUCGAGGUGAAUUCAACAAAACUUUUUUCCACAUCACUGUUACAGAUUAUAAACUGGUGUUUUAUAGAUUAUAAACCAGUGUCUCCGACUGUUGAAGCAUCUGAGGUGUUGGUUCAGUGGUGGUGCUGGGGGGUGUCAAGUUAUACAGUCCUCCAGGGAGCAGUCAUGGCGUUGAAAGCCAGAGCACUUUACAACUUCCAGAGUGAAAACAAAGAAGAGAUCAGCAUCCAGGAGAAUGAGGAACUGGUGAUCUUCAGCGAAAACUCCCUGGACGGGUGGCUGCAGGGCAAGAACAGCCGAGGAGAAACUGGCAUCUUCCCUGCCUCUUAUGUCGAGAUCCUCAGGUCCCGGUCGAGCUCCGGUUAUACAGACUAUUCAAACAGUCCAGCCAGCUCCCCUGGGAAUGAGUCCUUCUACAUGCCCCCUUCCAACACCAACACCUCCCAUCAGGGCAGCUUUGAGGAUGAUGAUGAUGACGACUGGGACGACUGGGACGAUGGCUGCACAGUGGUGGAAGAGCCACGGGGCAGCCCUGGCACCAAUGGGCACCCCUCCCCUAACCUGCAGUACCCUGCGGCAUACCCCAACCAGAAUGCUGGCUAUCGUCCCAAGCCAGCCUUGGAGAGGCAGGACAGCAUCAGUUCCUCCAAGAGGGGCAGCGUGGUGGGGCGGAACCUCAACCGCUUCUCCUGUUUUGUCCGCUCUGGGGUGGAGGCCUUUAUCCUGGGAGAUGUGCCCAUGAUGUCCAAGAUCGCUGAGACCUACUCCAUCGAGAUGGGUCCCAAGGGCCCCCAGUGGAGGGCCAACCCGCACCCUUUCAUCUGCUCUGUGGAGGAGCCCACCAAGCAAACGAAAUUCAAGGGCAUCAAGAGCUACAUCUCCUACAAGCUGACCCCUAGCAGCAUCAAUGCGCCGGUCUAUCGGCGGUACAAGCACUUUGACUGGCUGUACAACCGCCUGCUGAACAAGUUCACAGUGAUCUCGGUUCCACACCUGCCCGAGAAGCAGGCCACUGGGCGCUUCGAGGAGGACUUCAUCGAGAAGCGCAAGCGGAGGCUGAUCUUGUGGAUGGACCACAUGACCAGCCACCCUGUGCUGUCCCAGUAUGAGGGCUUCCAGCACUUCCUCACUUGCCGCGAUGACAAGCAGUGGAAGAUGGGCAAGCGGCGGGCAGAGAAGGAUGAGAUGGUGGGGGCCAGCUUCCUGCUGACCUUCCAGAUCCCCACAGAGCAUCAGGACCUGCAGGACGUGGAAGACCGGGUGGAUUCGUUCAAGGCCUUCAGCAAGAAGAUGGACGACAGCGUCUUGCAACUGACCAACAUGGCCUCGGAGCUGGUGCGCAAGCAUGUGGGGGGGUUCCGGAAGGAGUUCCAGAAGCUGGGCAACGCUUUCCAAGCCAUCAGCUACUCCUUCCAGAUGGACCCACCCUACAGUUCGGAUGCGCUCAACAAUGCCAUCUCGCACACAGGCAAGACGUACGAGACCGUUGGGGAGAUGUUCGCCGAGCAGCCCAAGAAUGACCUUUUCCUCAUGCUGGACACUCUCUCCUUGUACCAAGGGCUCCUCUCCAACUUCCCAGACAUCAUUCACCUUCAGAAAGGAGCCUUUGCCAAGGUGAAGGAGAGCCAGCGAAUGAGUGACGAGGGGAAGAUGGAUCAGGAGGAGGCAGAUGGGAUUCGGAAGCGCUGCCGCGUGGUUGGCUUUUCCCUCCAGGCAGAGAUGAACCACUUCCAUGAGCGGCGCAUAGCAGACUUUAAGAAAAUGAUGCAGUCCUACCUGAAACAACAGAUCAUCUUCUACCAGAGAGUCAGCCAGCAGCUGGAAAAGACUUUACGCAUGUAUGACAACCUCUAAUGCCUUCCACACCUGAUGCAUCUGCUUCCCACAGUACAUCUGGACUUGCGUGGUUCGUUCCUUGGAGCCCUGCAGACCUACCUGUUUUAAGUGGAUUGAGAACAAAUGGAAACUCAUGACACUAGUGAGCAAAUUCCAUUUGGCUUUUCCCCAUUUUCCUGGAACUAAUUUGCAGAGAUAUGCAGGAAAGUGUUACACUCGUGUCUUCCGGCUGACCAUUCCACUUCUUUUUCUGAUAGAUGGACCCCCCACUUCCCUUCCAACUCCCAGAGUUUACAGGCAGGACAUAGGUACUUUUCACAAGCGAAAUGGACACUGACUCUAUGACGCUCACUUUCUUUGCAAUAAGCUUUAGCUUCUGAAAAAUGUUUCCCUAGAGUAGGGAGUUUAAUACACUACAUCCGAAGUAGAGUUGGUCAAAAGUUUACACACAGAAAGCUUUUUGAUGGGGAAAAAAAGGCCUUUAUUCAAAACUGGAACUUUUUUUUUUAAUUGUCAUAAUUUUCCAUUUUUCACAAAAGUUUCUGUGAGAUUUUUUACCAAUAAUUUUUUACUAGGAACCAGUAUGGAAAUUGGGACUGAAAUCUUUAUUGACUGUGUCUGUUUACCAAAAAUGUUCCUUAGUGCUUUCAAUAAAAGGUUGAAUAAACAAAUAUCGGCAAAACUUUUGUGGAAAAUGGGCCCAUUUCAACCCCCCUGAAAUAGAACCAGUUGUGAAAUUUCCUGCACAACUGUUUUUCCAGCUUUUUGACCAGCUCUAGCAAUAAGGUAGUUGGCAUUGGAGUGCUAAUGUUCAGACUGACUCCUGGAAAUUCCACAUGAGCUGUAGCUUGGUUGCCCUCCAGUCAUUUUCAACCCUGGGAGUGUAAUAACCCUGGACUGACCUGCUCUCAGAAUAAGAAAGCAACAUAGCAAAUGCCCCCAGGAAAGAUCAUUCUGCCUCCAGAGUGAGGAAGGUUAUGGAGCCAUCUCAGUGUUGUUUCUACAUGGCUCAGUCCCAAGAGAGAACAGGUGAAUGUUCGGGCAGGACUGUGCGUAUGGUACAAAAUAAUGUCCCCUCCCCAAUCCUCUCGCCACAGUCCCCACCCCAGAAUCCACUGGGACUGAGACUCAUCUCACACAGGCUUUACUCUGACAUGCCUUCAAUGGAGUCACCCCUGGUUUACAGCGGGGAGGGCAGAAUCAGGCCCACUAUCUCUACGUUGCUGCAUUUGAUGUUAUUUGAGUCAGGUUUAAAGCACCAAAAGCAAAGAAUUCUUUAUCGGCCUUGGUAAGAGAGCUUGGGCCAAAUUCUGCCCUUGGUUGCACCAGCAUAAAUUUGGAGUAAUUUAAUUGUAGUCACUGGAUUUACACUGAUGUAACCAAGAGCUGAAUUUAGGCCUGUGUCCCCUUAUCUUCUGCUCCCGCACCUCCUCUGAGCCCUUCAUCCCCAGCUGGAGUUGCCUUCCCAGCCAUUCAUGCAAGGAUGAAGCUUCCCGGAGUCAGAUUGGCCAUGACACUAUCCUCCCUGCCUGUUCCUUAUCUCUUCCCCAGCACUAUGGUCUGGGACAUACCCUUAGGACAUCAAGAUGGCUCAACAAGUCCCUCUUGGUUGUAUGAAACACAUCCAGUCCCUGGUGACUCAAGAUGCCUUUGCUUUCCUUUCCCCAGAGGAACUUUGCAGCUACUUUCCAGGGAUGCCAGCAGGUGAUGGCCACUUCCCCCCAGCACUGGGCUGCGACACUCCUGCCAGAAGACGAGUCCUGCUGGCCUCACACUUGCAACAGGCCUCAUUCCCACUUAAGAGCAGCAACACUAACCCUGUUAGAGAGUGCUGGAGGCCGAGGUGCUCAAAUGUUUUGGUGCGAAGGGCCAUGCUGGGGACUUGCCUGGAGCCCUAGGCCUGCAUCUCAUCUCAUUUUCCACAUGCUCCCUUUGUAUCGACAAUAAAUGCAAACAACCGUCA